AUGAAAAUGGUGGUUUCAGACGAGGCCGCAUUGAAGGCCAUGUUCCAGCACAAAGGAGCGUCGGGCAAGUUGCCCUGCAUGUUAUGCAGGAACGUUGUCUUGAGGCGGUACGCGCCUGAUGACAUGGCAGCGCCGCUCGUUCUGCAUACCUGCACUGACGAGUCCCGGUUCCUGCAACAUGACUUGCCCUCUCUUCUGAAUUUGGUGCGGCACUUGGAGGCCAGAAGCACUGUCUUGAACAAGGGGCAGAUGAGUGAGUUGGAAACUGCGCUUGGCUUCAACCGGGCCCCUUUGGGUGUGCUCUCUUCAGAAACAGUCCUUGACCACAUGGACCCAACCAAAGCUUUGCUCUAUGACUGGAUGCAUUGCUAUGUUGUGGGAGGCUUGUUCCAGUUGGAAGUCAACCUCCUGAUGGGUGUCCUUGCUGAGGCUAAGGUUAAGAUGUCCGACCUGGACACCUUCUUCCAGCAGUUUCAGUGGCCCAAAUCGCUUGAGAGCAAGGGCGCCGGAGCCAAGAAGGUCUUUGAGCACAAAAAGAAGGCAAAGGACGAUGAAUGGAAAUCAUCUGCGUCUGAAGCGCUCAGUGCAUUCCCAGUUCUCCGCGCUUGGUUGGAUGACUUCCGAAAGCGUCCAGGGAUCUCCGAGAAGGUCCAGGGUUCGAUUCGGAGCUGCCUUGCGUUGUGCAGGGACCUAUUGCUGCUUUGCAGCACUGACAAUGGCGCACGAUAUGCCAAUGACUUACGAAUGGCAAUCGUGCGGCACCUGAACUUGUUUCAGCAAGCCCACGGUUUGCAUCGCUUCAUCCCAAAAGCGCACCUAGUAUUGCAUUUGGCAACAAUGCUUGAGAGACACGGACAGCUGGUUAGCUGUUUCGUCCACGAGAGACGCCACAAGGAACUAAAACGGUUCGCAAAUGAACUUGACAAUUUCCAGGCCGGCGCCGAGAAACACAUCAUGCGAGAAAUGAUCUUGUGUCACAUUGACGACAUGAGCAACAUGGAUGUCAUCAACGAAGUGGGCUUGAUCGACGCAAAGCCUGCUACUGCAGACGUCAUCGCCCACGUGCGGGCAACCCUGGGACUGGGCGGCGCGCGCCCCAUGCAAGUCUCAGGAAAAGCGUAUUUCCGGCCCAACCGUGCGGCCCACACUGGAGACGUUGUAGUUGUGGCAGAACCCGAAAGCAUUGCAGAGGUCGCUUAUCACGUAGCAUUUGACAAUUAUCUCCUGACGUGCGUGCUGUUCUACGAGGAGGUGAUGACAGAGAACUGCUUCAGAGUUCGCAGGGACAGGGUUGGCUUUAUCCGCACAAGGGAUAUCAAAGCCGCAUGCAUUUUCAGUGAGAAGGAUGGUAUCUGCCGAGUCGCUCCGCAGAUGUUCGAAGCUGAUUGA